GCAGCAGCAGUCAGCAGUCGCAGCAGCAGCAGCCGCUGCAGGAUUAAGCGGUCGCUUCAACCAGGAGCAGCAGGAGUAGAGAAUUUUCGCGUCAGGAUGCGGAGUCGCACGGAGCUGGUGACCACCACUUUCGAAGAGAGCGACGAGGAGGACUUCAGUCCGGACGAUUCCGACUCCGAGGAGGACUGGCGGCCCACCAAGAAGCGCCCCUCCAAGCCAUCUGCCACCGAUGGUGGCAGGAAGCGCAAGUCGGCGGCAGCCACGGCCUCCAAGGCCAAGCGCCGGAUGGCCAAAGUGAGCGACGAGGAGUCCGACGAGGAGGAUGACCUAGAAACAGAUCCCAGUGACGACGACUUUGACUACCCGUCGGCCAGCACCUCGAAGCGACCCCAGAGUCUGCCGCCCAAGAAGCAGUUCGUCAAGUUGAAUCAACUGGAUUUGCUGGUAAAGAAGUCGGAUCUGAUGGCUCGCGACUGGCUGAAGAACAAUCGCUUGUGUCUGUGGCGCAAGGAUGAGCAGACGAAUCUACUGCAGAAGUAUCUGCGGGUCAAGUCGGCCGCCGAGGAGGAGGAGCUGCUCUUCACCUCCAGCUCUGUAUACUCCAGUUGGGAUGAUCAGCAGACGAGCGACUUCAUAGAGGUCAAGGUCAACUGCUUGGAUCCCAACAAUCGACGUAUCAAGCUACACGAUCUGGAGGCGCUUAAGAAAAUCUCCGUGGAGCUACAAUCAGAGCGAAAUAAGAAAUCGACAUCGGACAAGGAAGACGCAUCGGAGGCGGAGGAGGAGAAGCCAAAUGAAGCUGAUUCUUAAAAGAAACUACUUACUAUACACAGAACUAACAUUUUCAUUAGUAUUUACAACUAGUUGGCCAAGU